AUGGCCGAGGCCACCCUCCAUAACGCCCCCAUUGUCAUCGACAAUGGCAGCGGCACAAUUCGCGCCGGUUUUGCAGGAGAGGAAGUCCCCUCAUGUUUCUUCCCGUCGUUCGUCGGUCGGCCAAAACACCCGCGGGUGAUGGCCGGCGGUCUAGAAGGAGAUGUCUUCAUCGGAUCGCGAGCACAGGAGCUGCGCGGCCUGUUGAAGAUUCGGUACCCGCUAGAACACGGCAUCGUAACGGACUGGGACGACAUGGAGAAAAUCUGGCAUUACGUCUACGAGAACGAGUUGAAAACGCUGCCUGAAGAGCACCCGGUCCUCCUGACUGAGCCACCGCUCAAUCCCCGCAAGAACCGCGACACGGCGGCCCAGAUUAUGUUCGAGACGUUCAAUGUCCCGGCUCUUUAUACGUCUAUUCAGGCCGUGCUAUCACUGUAUGCGUCCGGCCGCACGACUGGCGUGGUCUUGGAUUCAGGGGAUGGUGUCUCCCAUGCGGUGCCGGUGUAUGAGGGUUUUGCGAUCCCGAACAGUAUACGGCGGAUUGAUGUCGCGGGGCGGGAUGUUACAGAACAGUUGCAGUUGUUGCUCCGGAAGAAUGGACAUGUGCUGUAUACCAGUGCCGAGAAGGAGGUGGUGCGGAAAAUCAAGGAGGAGGUGUGCUAUGUUUCGCUGGAUCCGAAGCGUGAAGAGAAGGAGUGGAUGAACAGUUAUCAUAAAUCGGAGACUAAGGCCGUGGACUACAGGUUGCCAGAUGGGCAUAAGAUCAAGAUUGGUCAAGAACGCUACCGUGCUCCUGAGAUCCUUUUCGACCCUGAACUCAUCGGCCUGGAGUACCCUGGUGUUCAUCAGAUCGUCCAGGAUGCGAUUACCCGCACAGACCUGGACCUGCGCAAAGAUCUAUAUCUCAACAUUGUCCUGUCGGGAGGCUCGACGUUAUGCAAGAACUUCCCGGACCGACUGAUGCGCGAGAUCAAGCGAUUGGCUGUGGAAGACAUGAAGAUCCGUAUUUCUGCGCCGGCCGAGCGGAAAUACACGACCUGGAUCGGUGGAGGAAUCCUGGCUGGUUUGAGCACGUUCCGCAAGAUGUGGGUCAGCGCCGAUGAAUGGCACGAAGAUCCGGAGAUCAUCCACCGGAAAUUCGCCUAA